UGUAACCGUAUCGUCGCGUCCUUUCUUUCCCAUCAGAUUAUCCCUUCACCAAUUCACCCUUUUCCCUUACCAAAAAAAGUAAACAUCGCAAUCGCGACAAUCAUGGGUGGCGCACCUGUUACCCCACCAUUGUCAUGGCCGGCGCAGGCCCCACCACCACAGCCUCUAAUCAUAACUUCGGAUAUCACACUUCAGGCGCCGCUUUCAAGGCGAGGAAAAGGACCAGGGUUGGUUCUUGUGUUGAACCAUUAUGCCGCAAAUGAGGCGAAAGAGGGAUGUUUGGAUCCGCCGCCGUUGAAGAAAUGGGCUGAGGAGGGGUUCGCGGUCGUGCAGCUGCUGGUACCUGGUAAAGUCGACGGCGAAUUUCCUCUCCAGAAGGCGCUGGACGUACUGAGGAACUGUGAAGAAUGCGAGUUCGGCAGUGGUGUUGGACUGAUAUCAUAUCUAUCAAGAAUUCCCUAUUACCUCGAAGAAGCUGCCUGUCAAAACCCCUCCAUCAAGGCCCUCAUAUCUUACGGCGGCAAAAGUCUUUCCACACUAAGCUCGAAGGCACUGCCACCUCAACUAGUACACGUCGCGGGGCUACCAGACCCUCAUCGCCGCGAGUCAUGCUCAUUAGUCCCAGAAUCAUCCUCAGAGAAACUAGUGCUACUCCCGGAGAACAUCAUUAAGACUUACCGGUACGAAGAUGCGACAAAAGAUUCUGGAUGGGUACUUCCAAGCGAUGAGGACUAUCACAAGCGAAGCGCUGGCAUUGCGCAUACGAGGAGUCUGACUUUCUUGAAGCCGCUGCUUGGCGGGCCUUUUUUCGAUCUGGAGGCGGUGUGGGAAGAGCAUACCAAGUUCGAAUUCGGGGAAAGAGAUGUAGAGAAGACGAUGGCUACGAUGGUGGACCAGCCAUAUGUGAAUCAUAUCCCGACUAUGACUGGAGGCGUAGGCCAAGAGCGACUCACAGCCUUCUAUACGCAUCACUUCGUCUUCAGCAACCCGCCCGACACUGCCCUCUCCCUCGUCUCCCGGACCGUAGGCAUCGACCGUGUGAUCGACGAGUUCAUCUUCACCCUGACCCACACCAAAGAAGUUCCCUGGCUACUCCCUGGUAUCCCUCCCACCGGAAAGCCCUUAGCCAUCCCGUUCACUAGCGUUGUUGCUAUGCGCGGUGAUCGACUUUGUCAUGAACACAUCAGCUGGGAUCAUGCCACGGCGUUGAAACAAUUGGGUCUGCUUCCGGAGUACGUGCCUUUCCCGUACGAUAUCGAGGGCGCAGCGCCGCCGGAAGGGAAGAGAUUCGAGGUGAGACUGCCGGUCGUGGAUAUGGAGGGGAGUCGGAAGCUGGUGGAUGAGAGUAGUGAGGAGAGUAAUACUUUGAUGAGUGGACGGUGGCGACUGGUCGACGAUGUAUAGUGGCAGUCGGGUUGUGGUGACGAAGCUCGGCUUUGGGUAAUACAUCGGAGGUACGUAUCUAAGAUCAUACAAAGGCCUAUGGUUUCGCCAAUACAUGCCCUUACGCGCCAGCUGGGGCAGAUACGAGCGCCUCAGGCACUGUAUUCGUACCAGCUCUUUACGUCCCUGACGAGCAUCCCAAUCGCUGCCGGCGGAUAUAGGUGAUGCGGAAUCAAGGCCUUGCGGAAUAUUGUCGUCUUGGUCAAGGCUAACGAGACCUUGAUACGGAGCACAGCCUCAUCGAAGACCUCUUCCGCGGUCAAGAACUUGACGUUACUAGCAUUCAACUCGGAUACCUUCUGCACACCUUGCUACUGGCUCAGCAUGCCGAAAUCGCCAAC